AUGUGGAGUGUGGGAGUGUUUUUAUUUACUCAGAUAGCUGUCUGUCAAUUUACAACAGAAAUAUCAACAUCAACAACAGAAGAAGAUCAAACUGUCACUCCAUACUACGCUCUCAGUACUGGUGUUGUACCAGCGCCUGUGAUGCUUCGCCUUGGAAACUCAACGAUCGAUAGCACGAAAUCAUUCAAAGUACCCCCACCUUCACAAGAAACGGAUACAGGGACCACAACACCACCACCAAAUGGAAACGCAGAAAUGGUACCACAUGUAGUAUCGGUCAAAAAUACUUACUUCGAUCAUGACAUAAGAUAUGGUCCAACAUUCGAGGAUUCGAAUGCAAAUAUGACGAAGAUAACGAUACAGCUGGGCGAAGACGCUCAUCUGAAUUGCAGGAUUAGCCUCCUCCAAGAUAAAACGGUUUCCUGGGUACGACGCAGAGGCAGAGAUGAGAUACCCGAACUUCUAACAGUUGGUGCGGUGACAUAUGCAGCAGAUAUGAGGGUAUCAGUUGGUAAACGUUAUCCAGGGAACUGGAGGUUGCUGAUAAGGGAAGUGAAACCCGAUGACGAAGGGGUCUACGAAUGUCAGAUAUCAACACAUCCACCUCGAGUUAGCAGAACCUACUUGCAUGUUAAUACUCCCCAAGUUUGGGUGGUAGACGAAGCCGGAGGUCCGUUGCAAGAGAAGUAUUAUGAAGCGGAGUCUACGUUAGCACUUAUGUGUCGAGCAAGAUAUGUUGAAACACCAUCAGUUCUCACUUGGCUUCACGAGGGCAGAGCUCUCAAUUCUGACACUACUAGAGGUGGAAUUAGUGUUAAAACAGAACAAGUACCGGGCGGGGCAGAUAGCGUGCUGCGUCUAGCGCGCGUCAAUAGCAGUGACGCUGGCAACUACACGUGCGCUGUGAGAGGAGCUCGACCUCACACAGUAGCUGUGCAUGUACUUAACGAAAGCCUAGCUGAACUGCAUGCCGGAGUGACAUCACUUAACCCGUCACUGCAAACUGUUACGUUAUCCAUUUUAACGUUAAUAAUUAUGCAAUCUACGUUUAUGUCUAUUCAGAUCUCUUUCACAAUAAUAGCAUAUAGAUUUAGAGCCUAUGGCAAUACUAUUGAAUAUUAUCCUGUUAUUCUGUUACCAACGUGA